CCCGACCAAGGUAAAUAGCUAUUACAUCACCCUUAUUUUCUCUCAGAGUUGCAAUUUCCCUUUCAAGGAAGAACAUCAAGGAUCUAACCAUGUUUUGAUUCAAAUUAAAGCAACAAAAACUAUAUUAAUCGACUCACUCUUAAGUUUCUUGUCCAAAUAAGUUUUAUAGUACUGACAACAACACAAUAAUAUGCCCAACAUAUGAAAAUAUACUUCAUCCCUACUCUCUCAAACUCAAGUAAGCUUUUCAACUUGCUUUCUACAGCUCAAACCUUUCACACAUAAUAACAACAACAACAACAACAAAACCAUGGUCAAUAUAGCCUUUUUUAUUCCCUUCACUGAACAUGGCAGUUGCUAUUGUUAAGUCUAAAUACCAAAAUUGGUUGGAACCAACCUCCAAAAAUUGAGUACGUUAGAAACAAGCCAGCCAUCGAUGGUGUUUGGGUCUACGGAACCAUGUGUCAAUCCUUCUUGGCGCAAUGAGUAAUCUUACUUUAAAAGUAAUCUCAAGUUAACGUCAACAUCUUCAUACAACAUCUCUAAAAGUGAGUGUUUUACCCCCAACACCUCUCCUUGCAACAUGUGUUUUCGCUUGGGUGAGUCUAGGUUGAUAAAGUGUUAUCCAAUCUCCGAAGGCAACAGAAAUGGAAGAAUUAAGGAUGACUUAAAUAAUAUCACUUCAAAUAUUAAUGAUGUCAACUACUCUAGAGAAAUAAAUUAAUUGGUCGUGGGGCCAUUUCUUAAGAUUGAGCAGAGUCAACUUGGUUAUUACUGGUAACAGAUUUGCAUUAUCUCUCCCGAGGAUCCAAAAUAUGGUUUCACUACUUUGAAAAAUACGAGAGUUGUCUCAAAAUCAUCAUCUUAAACAAUGAACUAAGAGAAGAGCUUGUGUUGGGAGAAUGAAAGAGAAUGAGAGACAAGAUUGUUGUGGGCAAUGUGGUACGUGUGUGUGUAGAGUUUCUUUUGUUGUAUAAUUUGGUGCCUUUGUAGAUUUUCUAAUCUGAAUAAUUAGGAAAGAAUUUAAUUUCUUGUGACUAUUGUAAAGAUGUGAGAUGUUUUUUUCUCAUAAAAAAUAAUAUGUAUAGUAUACCCUUCUCAAUUAUAGUUCACAACAAUGAGUCAAUGACAAAGUUUUGACACGCUUCACUUUAGAUGUGUAUCGAAAGGUUUGUCCACCAUGUUUUGGCUAAGAAAAUUUACAAUGUCAACUUCUUUUGAGCAUAAAGAGAGACUGAUGGAGGAAGAAGAGUCUAGAAUUUUUUAUUUGCAUUAAUUUGGCGAGAGGUUAUUCAAUUUGGCCAAUCAAUUUGGUGAGAGGUUAUUCAAUCCCUCCAAUUGAUUAUUACAACAUAUCGGAGGUGUAACGCUGGUGAGAUUUAUGCCCUCCGGGAUCUCUCGCGCCGUCGCCUGGUUCAAGCUCCCGACGAAGAGUCUAGAAUUUUUUAUUUGCAUUAUAGUUAUUUUGCAAGAAUCACAUGUAAUUAUGUAAGGUGCUUAAUUCUUCCAACACUGACUUCGUCGGGAGCUUGAACCUGAUGUGAUUGAAUUGAACCAUCCCGGCUAGUAGCAUGAGUAUUAGCAGCUUCAAUUGAUUUAUCCAGUGCUUUCAGCUCAAUGCAUUUGAAUCACUUAUCUUUAUCAUCUAUUGCAGGUGAUGAUAACACAUCAAGGUAAACAUGAUCCACAGAGAAUAGAAGUGGGGGCAAGUAAAUUUUCUCAGGAAUCACAGAGACCAACGACGCACUUCAACCCUAGCCCGAUUCAGUCGACGGACUCUUUCAUCCUCGUCGAGACUGUUCGCUUCCGAUUCCGGCGCCUUGGUCGAGGCCCCCGAACAAAUCCCCGAACAACAGCAUCGUAGAAAGAGCCCCGGAGCUUCCCCGAUUUUGUAUUCUUACCGUCUUUUCUUGUAAAUUUUCUCAAGUCCCUUUCACCGCCAAUCAUCAAGUGUCUUUUAUCGCUCACCGGAGGCUCGCCGGAUUCCAUCUUCUGUCCCGGUAACCGCCAACUCUUGCAAAACUCAUUUAAUACAAUAAUUAUUGGGUUUAGUAACCAUUUUUUCUCAAAUCGGUUACAAAGCUUUAUGCUCAUUUAAUAGAAUAAUUAUUGGAUUUGGUAACCACUUUUUCUCAAGUCGGUUACAAGGCUUUAUGGCCAGAAACGGCUAGCGCCGGAAAAGCCUUAAUUAUGCUUUUAAAUCGUCUCCUUAAUGACGAGCUAGAGUGUUUUAAAACUCUAAUAAAGAGAACCUUUCAAGGUUGUUGCUUUUGCCAGCAUAGUGGGGUGUAUUCAAAGGGCUUCCGCAAAUAAAUAUGCUCUCAAGGCCCUAAUUAAUGCAACAAUUUGAUACUAGAACAGAUUGACCAGCAAUGGAUUGCUCGAAAUUCCCAUUUGAAAAAAGACUAGGAAUAUCCAAGUCCCGCCUAAGCUCAAAAUUUUCAUAUGACAAUGCAUCAAAGUCAUUCUUCCCACAGUAGUGGCCCUUCAAACUCGUGGAGUCAACUGUCUCAACCGAUGCCCUGUCUGUUGGAGACAUCGAGAAAGCAUUGAACAUUUAUUCUUCAGAUGCCCCCUAGCCAUCAGAUUGUGGACUUUAGUGGGAUUGAGCAACUUUAUUGAGACCGCCCAGACUGUUAACUUUAGUCUAUGGUGGCGACAUGUCAUGGUCUCCGAGACCUCCCCAUUCCACAUUCUCCAAUGCAUCUGUUUACUUUGGAGAAUCUGGAAGUCUAGAAAUAAAGUGACCUUCGAAUUUAUCAAACCUCAUGUCCGUUCCCUAGCCAGACAAUUCUACAACCAGGUCCUCGAAUUUUCCAAUCUUCUCCUUCCUCCUCCGCCCCGCAGCUCUCUUAUCCCAAAUCAUCCUGCCGCCACUUGGGUCCCUCCACCAGAAGACUUUUUGAAGAUCAACGUCGACGCAGCUGUUUGUGCCACCGGUUGUUCGUCUGGGCUUGUUAUUCGUGGGUCAGACGGGCAUGUGGUGCUGGCGCUCAGACUGCAGCAUCAAGGAAUAUUCAAUCCUUAUCUGGCAGAGCUUCUAGCUUUUAGAGACGCUAUCUCCAUCGUAGCCUCAAGAUCCUUGACCCAAGUGAUAGUCGAAGGUGAUUCCGAAGUGGUGGUCAACCAUAUCCGUCAAGGCGUCAUUGAAGACUCGAUUGGAGGUCCGGUGCUACGAGAGUGUCUUCAGAUCCUUAGCUCUUUGUCUGUUAGUAUAGAGUUUAGGGCGGUACCUAGAUCCGCCAACAGUGCUGCCCAUAGAGUGGCGCGUAAAGCACAGCUUUUGUCUCGUGUAGAGCUAUAAUCUUUUGAUUUUUUGGGGUGGCUUCUUUAGAUUCUGUUAGGGGUCCUGGGUAGAAUUGUAAGUUUAACUAUUUUCUUUCAUUGAUAUCACUCAGAAAUAAAAAAAGAGAGACUGAUGGACAUGGCCUUUAUAAUAUUAAAAGCGUAAGGAAGAGAGAGAAAUAACGUUAGACAAAACACUUAAAGAGAAUAUUCAAUUAUCAAUGAGUCAUACCUCAAAUUACAAUAAAAAAUUUAAGCAUAAUAUAUCAAGUCUGGUAUGAAACGUGGAAACAAUUGCAUCAUUUCUUGCACCAUGACGUCAUCCACCAAUAUAGAACCUGAUGUCCC